UCUCUUACAAGUUUGUGACUUUUGCAUACCGGUAUGCUUCUGCUGUCCCCAACUGGCUGCAUUCAGGCCGGGAAAUUCGACUUGGAGUCGAUGCACUUAUCAGUUUAAAUGCUUAAAACUCGCUUUGACCGAGAGUUGAGAACGCCAUAUCAGCAAGAAAGCCUUUGUUGUUCGCUGCAAUAGGAGUGAACAUAUUAUGUCUGUAUGUCAGUAUGUGUAUACUGUAUGUGUAUACUUGUAGAGUAAUACUAUACAGCUAUACCAGUAUAUAGGCUAGUGCCAACUGUAAGACUGUAGAAAGACGAACCGUACUGCAUGGACCUACUUUUUAAUUAAGAGCAUAACAUACGACACACCGUUACACGCUUCUGCAUUUAGUGUGGCUCUGUGCCUGCGUUUAUUUUCUGUAUUGAGGUAUUUAGGUAUUGCUGGAAUUAAAACAUUCAUAUACACUUGUAUACAAUGACCUGUUAUAUCUAAGAUCACCAUGGAGAAUGGGAAGAACAAAGAGGAAAUGCUGUUGGAAGCAGAUGAUAAUGUCUUUGUUGAAUUUAAAACCAAGAAAAAACAAAAAUCACACAAGGGCCAUCCUGAAAUACGAUUAUAUAAACGACGGUUCUUGAUGCUAGGGAUAUUUUCUGUAUACUCUAUGUCCAGUGCUUUUCAAUGGAUAGAAUAUGCUAUUAUAACAAACAUUAUUACAAAAUAUUAUGGAGUUAGUGAACUUGCUGUGCAAUGGACCUCUAUGGUUUACAUGGCAUCAUAUAUCCCACUUAUGUUCGUAGCAACAUGGAUGUUGGAUCGCUGGGGUCUAAGGAAAGUUGUGUUAUUUGGAGCAACCUUGAAUGCAGUUGGGUCAUUGAUCAAGAUUGGGAGUGUUCAACCUCAUCUAUUUGCUCUUUCAUUUAUAGGUCAGACAGUUGCAGCCUGUGCUCAGUCAUUUGUGCUGGAAAUUCCUCCUAAAGUUGCAUCUGUGUGGUUUGGUCCAUCAGAAGUUUCUACUGCCACAGCUAUCGGAGUUUUUGGGAAUCAGCUUGGUGUUGCCAUUGGAUUUCUUCUGCCUCCUGUCAUUGUUCCUGAUUCAGAUGACAUGGAAUUGGUUGGACAUCAAUUAAGAGUUUUAUUCAUUUGGUAGCGCAGUCGUCUGUACAGCAGUGUUAAUAUUAGCUUUGCUGUAUUUCGUGACCAUCCUCCUCAUCCGCCCAGCAUUGCAAGAAAGUUAUCAGUAGCAGCUGAACUCUCUAAUAAAGAAGCGCAUUCGAAUUCACUUUCUAAUUACAAACGAUCAUUGGGCGUUUUAUUGAAAAACGUUCCAUUUUUGUUACUUUUGGCAACCUAUGGAAUAAACACAGGAACAUAUUACGCAAUUGGAACACUGUUGAAUCCAAUUAUGUUGCCUUAUCAUCCGGAUGCUGGCAAAGCUAUUGGUGAAAUCGGUUUAACUAUGGUAGUUGCUGGACUCGGAGGUUCUGUUCUUUGUGGUUACUUUUUAGAUAGAACUAAAUUAUUUAAAGUUACAACUGUUGUGAUCUAUGCACUGUCAAUGGCUUUUAUGUUUGUAUUCACCUUCACUCUUCAACUCAAAUUAUUAUGGCUGGACUAUUUAACCAUUGGAGUUUUAGGGUUUUUCAUGACGGGCUAUCUGCCAAUCGGAUUUGAAUUUGCUGCGGAAAUCACGUAUCCGGAAUCGGAAGCUACUUCUUCCGGUUUUCUGAACGUUUCUGCACAGUUCUUUGGUAUCCUGUUCACUUUGGCAGCCGGUGAAUUAAUGAAAAGCAGCAUUUUAACAGCAAAUUUAUUUAUGUCUAUUGCACUGUUAGUGGGCACGGUGUUAACAGCACUUAUCAAAGAAAAUUUGAAACGACAAAAAGCGAAUAAAAGUUCGAUAGAAAAGCCCUAUACGUCGUUGAGCACACAUGCAGAAAACGGACAAUUGCCGACGAACCAAACACCCAGCACAUUUCUUGGUGACGAGGACGCUCUCGUUAGAUUAACCUCGAACAGUUCUUGCUACAGUACAGGUGGUGAUUGUUAGCAGGCGCGCUAACAGUUACCCAUUUGGGUUUUUCAAUUGGCCUUUGCUAAAUUUCCUUAUGCAUGUCCAUUUUUUAAAGUUUGGGUAACGUGUCCAUUUUCGAAAUGUCAUAUUUUGAUAGACUUCAAAUUUUAUUCUAGGCAAACUUAUAGUUGCAUACGUACGUCUCAAAUAUUAUUUUACUUCUUCAUUCACAACAUCGAUUACCGUUUUACCUUCAGUCGCCAACCUAUCCCAACAUCAGCGAUUUCUAAAUAUAGCUAAUGACUAGAUUUAGCUAUUUUUGUUUUAAUUUGCCUGGUUUUAUGUGAUAAAUGAAUUGAAAAUGAUUUCGUAGGGCUCUAAUUGAAAGAAAAUCAAAUUUGAUGAAAUAUAGCGGCCAUGGCGUUCCGUGUAGUAGAUUUUUGCAUGGUCAAUUCUUCUUAUUUUGCACUGACACAUAUUCAUGGUAAAUUGCCACUAUGAUCUGAAAGAUUUGAUGAUGAUUUGACUCCAUUACCAUUUCUUCAGUUCCGCUAUCAACGCGGAAUGACUAUUUAUUUACAUUUGCCGGUUAUACUCGUUCGGGGACAACCUGAGCAAUAACGAAAGUACAGUUUCACGUGCUAGACAACGAUUAUCACGUCAACGUCCUUACAGGUUAGAGUAAAAUUUUAAGAACUAUGCAUGCUCAAAAGAAGCAUACCGUCGGCGCAAAACCUAACAGUUUAUAUUUUAUCUAUGAUAUUCUCACAGAAGUAACUUCAAAGCACCGUGAAUGCUGUAUUUGACACGAACUUGUAAUUUUGUUUGCUUAUUUGUUGCAGAAAUUCUGUACAACCAUGGCGUUUCGUAUUUCUGCUGAAAUAUUUUUGCACUUUUUAAACAGUCUGGUGCCAUGUAUAUGAUUUUUUUGUUGAAUUUGUCAUUACUGUACUUGGCCUACAUAUAUCCCCCUAUUCAUGUUCUCGUUAUAUGCUGUGAUUAAUUUGAUGCUGUUUUCCUUUUAUCCAUCGUGCUAUUUCGAAUUAGCUUAUUUUCUGCCUUCAACUAUAAAUAAAUGAGAUUUUGAUUCCA